AUGGCAACUCUUACUGCUGUUGGUGCAUGUAGAUCUGGUUUCAGUUUGCUCUUAAGUUCACGUCUGUUCAAAACCUUUAUACGACCAAAAUUCGAGUAUGGUCUUGCAAUCACAUGUCUUUUGCAAAAAGAUGUUUUACUUCUAGAGAAAAUUCAAGAUAAAUGCUUGCGAAUGAUUGUUGGUGGCCAUGCAACUUCAUCUACUGCAGUCUUGAAACAUAUCUGCAACCUGCCCAGUAUGGCUUUUCGCGUUGACAUUCUCAAAACAAAAUUUUGUCUUCGGGCACACACUCUUCCUUCUGGUUGUCUUCUCUCUCUGCUCCAUUCUCAUCAUCUCCAAGCAUCAACACUAUCCACUCUUCACACAAACCCUCUUUUUGCCAGCAUUCCCCCUGAUCUUAAUUGCUCCAGCCGCAUAAAACUAUCCAAGCACUUUGAGUCUUUUAGACAAGAAAAGUUUGCUCACUUUCGUCUCACCAACACUAAGAUUCUCAUCCAAGCUUGCCGCCCUCUUCUUGAAGUUGAUCCUGUAUUGUUUCUUCCUGCUACAUGCAUAGAACGUGGCCGUCUAGUACGUUGGAGAAUGGGCUGGUUGCCUGGUAAGCCAAAGGAGUGUGCAUGUGGCUUUGAUCAUACUUCAAGACGCCAUCUCCAAUUCUGCAUCACAAUCCCAUCUCAGCUGUUCUCUCAACUUCCAGCACCACCCACAGAUGAAGACAACAUCAUUGACUUUGCUAUAUCAGCACUACCAAUCUCGUCUACACAUCCAAGCCCUCUAUAUUGGAAAGCUCUUCUUACAAUACUAUGGCAUAUUGACAUGCUAUGCAAUCCUAAUGGCAACUACACACAUGAAACCGAUCAUGGUUCUCUCUGGCACUAG